AUGGCCAGUCCAGCUGAGAAGUCCGCAGCGGAGAAGCCAAAGGCCAAGGGCAGACCACGGAAAGAGAAGACCCAAACACAAAGUCUGCAAUCACCGCCAGCAGCAUCGUCAUCGGUCGUCGCAAGUAUAGCCUCCCCUGGCGAGGCUAGUGGCAAUGAAGAUGUAGGCAAGUUCUCAUUAUCUGCCCGCCAGUGGUCAUCUCCCUAG